UAGUUCUAGUUUUUCUUAGUUGAACUGAAUGAACUAUUCUAAAAUUGUAAUGUCGUGCAUAUACUUUGACACCAGCCAAUCACACAACCCGCGACUCUCAAAAGAAUAAAGCGACUUGAAGCAGCCUUGGCAGCUGUGGUCUCCAGUUACACAGCAACACCUGCCCCGUCAGCGGAAGUGUUUCCAAGCAAAACAUGAACCCCAUGGACCAGAAGUACUGCAAUGUAAUAGACUGCUCUUUAAAACGUAUUUUAAAUUUAAUCUGAAGCGCACUCUUUUAAGCGGCGUUACACGUUAGGAUACUGAUGAAAGCUAUCGAUAAAUCUAGAAGCAGCAAGCUUUACACCGAAUUUUAGACAACUCAGUAAACAAAAAACGAGUUAAAAAUAAAUUCAGUUUUCCGAAGUCUACCGGAAUAAGUUCCUCUGUUUCUAGCACCAGUGAGUGUAUAACUGCUACAGCAUCGCAUCAGCUAAGGUAAGGUGUUUGAUUGGCCCGGAUUGUUUGGAUGAAACCAAAGCAACAGGUUUGACAGGCAGGGCUACGUUUUGUCGUCCCCCCUUCCCCUCACCCAUAGAAACCUGAAAUGGAUUUGCACAUUAAAGGUAUGCCAGCAACUCCGAGAGGAGGAGGGCAGUCCAAUCUGGAAGGAGGAAAAAACUCUGCGCAGGGAUGGAGAGCCAAUUCAAGAGCUGCACGAGGCCCUCGACCUAAUGAGGUGCCUGAAUUGAACUUUGGGAAACUGGGAGAUUCGGAGGAUGAGGAUUCUUAUAUUCCUGCCAGCAAAGGGUCCCCUUGCUUAGAGCCUCCAGACUCCAACUCCACAGUAAGCUGGGGAACACCUUUCCCAACUCCAUAUGCGCUGCACCACCACAGCCAGCAACCGUUUCCGUGGGAAGAGAAGACCGUCCCUGAGAAUUUGCCAGCACCUUCAGAGAGAUACAAGCAGAAAUAUAAGCAGUAUGAGUCUGAGUUAAAGGAGAGUUACAGGCAGCAUUCUCAGAAUGUGAAGGAGAAGAGCAAAACAGGCACACCGCUAGAGCACUCACCAAGGAAUGAAGCACACGCACAGGCUGUUGAAGAUGAUCUGACAGCUCUCGAUGAGAAAGCUCUUCAGCAGCAGUGUUACACAAGCAAACCGUACAGCGCACAGCACAGUAUGAGAAAGCUAGCAGCAGAAGACCUUGCAAUAGAGAGGAGAAAGCAAGCCGUGGUGGAGCAGGUGAUGGUGGACCAGCUGUCCAGGGCUGUCAUAAGUGAUCCUGAACAAAAUGGGACCAUCAGAGAAAAGAAUUCUCUCCCAGGGCUUGGAUCAGCACCUUUACGCUUUAAGAACCGGACACUGCAUGACACGAAAGUGAAGACCAGUUCAGCAUUAACAGAAAAUUUGCUGUCUAACAAGUUGCGCUUCGAUGCUAGAAUCUUAUCAAGAAAUGGACGUGAUGCUUGCAGAGAGCUGAUCGGAUUCUUCUUUGGCUUUGAUAAUUCUCUGACAGUUUAUGAAUAUCGUCAUUUUGGGAAAAAUAGAUCAAAUGCACUUCCAUUUAUUCAGAAGGGUGCUUACAGUCAUCAGCAUGGAAGAAGAAAAGGAAUGCAGUACCAAAUUCGAGAUUUCUAUGUUGGGGCUAACAUAACUUUCGCCACAUCUGGACAAAAUCUACCUGAAAGUAUUAGACAGAAGCCAUCCUUCACUAUUCGGAUUACUAAUGUGGGUGAAGUUCCCAAAAGUAUGCUACUAGCCACUUCUACAGGGAAGAACCAAGGUCCCACAAAACAGGAACUUGAUGACAGACAUGUCUUCAAGGCCAUUCAAGGAAUGUUGAAGGAAAGGCUAAGUAAGAGAGGAGUUCGUACACUGACAGGAUUAGGAAAGUACUUCCGAAAUAAAGACACAUCUGGCGAUGGUGUUUUACACAAGACAGAGCUCAGACAAGCUCUGAAAGAAUUUCAUUUGGACCUGCCUGAUAAGGACUUUGAGUCUCUUUGGCUGAUACUGGAUCAGAACUGUCAUGGACAAGUAGAUUAUGGGGAGUUCAAAUGGGCAGUGAUUGGAGAGAUGAGUGAAUAUCGCAAGGCUUUUGUUAGAAAAGCCUAUAUGAAACUUGACCCAAACAAGACUGGCAACAUUGCUGUGAUUGACAUCAAAAAGUUCUACUGUGCCAAGAGACACCCAAAAGUGUUAUCCGGUGAAGCCACAGAGGAACAACUUAGAUCUGCUUUUGUGGAAACCAUGCAGGAAUCCUGCAGAGAUCCCAGUGCCGUUUCAUACACUGAAUUUGAAGAUUAUUAUGAAGGACUGAGUAUUGGAAUAAUUGAAGAUGAAGAUUUUGCUAAUGUCCUACAAAAUUCCUGGGGAAUAUAAAAAAAAAAAAAAUUAUAGAGGCUGGAAAAAACUAGUGUUAAACUACGAGUGUUACUGUGAACAUGAGUAUUGAUGCCUUCAUUUAUUGAAGGCUUUUGUUUGAUUGUCAAUUUUUUUAAAACAACUUUACAGAUAGAAAUAGAUGAAUUUAAGAAAAAAACAUACUUUUAGGGGAAAAAAAACUGUACUUUGCUGUAUAAUUGUUUUAAAGGAAUGCAUC